GUAAAUACGCGCCGCAGACUUGGGUGUGGCUCAGGUGCAAAUGUAUUUGCUGUCUUUCCAUGGUUAACGGGGGAGGGGGGGAUCUGGAUAACCAACUGACUGAAGACUGACGCACUGUUUGAAGGGUGGAAACGUUCUUCAUGAAAAGGGUGUUGUCCUAAGGAAAAAAAAAAGGAACUCCUCCUCUGCUACUUUUCCUCUUUUCCCCCCCCCACUUUGGAACUUGAGAGCGCCUACAGGUCGUUGAAGCAGUCGACAUGACGGAAUCCGCCGAAGCCGUGGCCGCCGACGUGACGAGCAGGAGGAGCGUGACCAUCGAGAUCACUAAUUUGACCAACAACUACUGCCUCAUUAACCCCAAGGUGCACCUGGAGAACGGCGAGGUGUACAACCCGCCUCAGCCCACGGUGCGCCCCUUGAAGACGGAGGUGUGCACCUUCACCAAGAGCAGCAGCAAGGCCACGGGCAGCGUGGGCGUCUUCACCUACGACCUUUUCGAGAGGUCUCAGAAAGAUUACAUCGAGACGCUGGCCAUCAUGUUCUCCGUGCCGUGGGACUACAACCUGUACAAGAACUGGUACGCUGUGGGCAUCUACAAGAAAGGCCGCGAGUGCAACAAGGACCUGUUCAAGGAGAUGUACAACGAGAAGAAGCAGCUGGAGCACGGCUUUGUGCGCGAGCACGCCACGGGCACGGGGAUCAACUACGUGGGCAACUACCUGGAUGUCAAAGCCACCAUGGGCCCGCUGGGCAAAGCCAUCAUGAAGGUGGAGCUGUGGGAUAAGCUGUUCGCAUAGCUGGGCUAGCAAGCGAUUGAGGCGGGCGCCGUCUUCAAGCUUUCUUCUUGAACCCCGUGUAUUGUGUCUGACGUGUGCCUGUGUACCGCGGCCUUUUUUCCCCCUUCAAUAAACCUUCUUAAGAUCACAGUUGAA